AGGAAAAACGGCCAACUGGUGACAGGGUCAUGGGCGCAACCAAGGCUCAUUGAUGGAGGUGGGGAGGGAAGGCUCAUUGAUGGAGGUGGGAGGGAGGGCUCAUUGAUGGAGGUGGGGAGGGAAGGCUCAUUGAUGGAGGUGGGGAGGGAAGGCUCAUUGAUGGAGGUGGGGAGGGAGGGCUCAUUGAUGGAGGUGGGGAGGGAAGGCUCAUUGAUGGAGGUGGGGAGGGAAGGCUCAUUGAUGGAGGUGGGGAGGGAAGGCUCAUUGAUGGAGGUGAAGAGGGAAGGCUCCUUGAUGGAGGUGGGAGGGAAGGCUCAU